AUGUAUCUGGGUUAGGAAGAGGAUGAAAAGUCUUAAGAUCCUUUGGCUUUCGAUGACAGAAUCCAAAGUACUCUGUAGAGGAUAUUUGAACAAAAAAGUGAGGAACUGACUAAGGUGUUCUCAAGUCAGUUCAUCGACCACAUACUUGAGUCGAGCAACUUGCCUGGAGCUGUUAACAUCAAGUUAAAUGCUUCGUAGCAAUUCCACUUUUUUGGCUUCCCAGACACUAAUUACCUCAAAAUUGUAAGAUCAUCUAUUAGCUAAUGUGAUUUACAGGCUUCAAUUGUACUUACGCUGUGGAACAAGAAGGCAGCGUUCCCGAUUUAAUUUAUUAAGAUAGAGGGAUUCACCGACGAAACACAAGUACUCAUAGAUAUCCUAAACAAUCAUACUCCAAGGAUUCAUGAUGUUUUUAACUAUCUAGAAAACGACAAUUUGAUGCAAACAGAGCAUGAGCUGAAAGAAUUAAUGAUUAUAUUAGGAGCAAGAGGCUUAAUGACAAUGAUAGGUUUCAGGAAAACUACAGGCUCGCAGGAUAUUCCGUGGCCUACUAGAGCUAACCUACUCUAAUGGUUCAACAAACCUCAUAUAACACUUAGUAAGUUUUAGUUAACAAUAAUAAUGAAACCAGGUGAUGAUGAAAUGAGAAGAGUUAAAAACCCUCCAAAGUUAACUGUAGGUGCCAGAGCUUGGUGCAAGCAUGGUCAUCGUAGCAGUGAGGGUUUCUGGGGUUAAGUGAAGGGAACUGAAACUGAAAAGAACGAGCAAGCUGACAUUAUAGCUAAACUAAUUAUUGAUGAAUGUGUGUGGAUAAACGUACACAUUCUUCCCCACAGCGAAUACAUAAUAGAAUGUCGUAAUGAGAGAGGAUAUGGCAUUAGAUGGACAAUCAAAGGUGAAUUCAGAGGGUUCUUAGAGCCAUAGAUGGAAGGAGGGCAUGACAAGAAAUGGAGACACUGA